GCAGUGACCCGGGAACAGAAUGAGUGUUUCAGGCAAUAUAGCUGGACCCCAGACACAGUGGACCAUGCACAGAACACCAUGUCCAGUCCCGUCCACUCAGGGUUCCUAGUCAGCUUCAUGGUAGAUGCGAGGGGUGGAUCUAUGAGAGGAAGUCGUUAUAAUGGCAUGCGCAUUAUCAUCCCACCCAGGAAGUGUCCAGCACCAAUGCGAGUCACAUGCCGCUUGUCAAAACACCAAUGCCUUCCAUAUCCCCCCCCAAUGGUGGAAGGUGAGGGGCUUGUUAGUAGGCUAGUAGAGGUGGGACCAACCGGAGCCCAUUUUUUGGGGGCAGUCAUUUUGGAGAUCCCACAUUUUGGCUCAAUGCGUGGAAUGGAGCGUGAGCUGAUUGUACUGCGCAGUGACAAUGGUGAUACAUGGAAGGAGCAUCAAUAUGAAUGCUUUGGAGAAGAUCUCAUUGAUCUGCUGAAUGGCAUGGAUGAAGAACUGGACAGCCCUGCUGAGCUGGAGAAGAAGCAUAUCUGCCGCAUCAUUACUAAAGACUUCCCACAAUACUUUGCAGUUGUGUCUCGUAUUAAACAGGAGAGCGAAUACAUGGGUUCCACGGGUGGAAUAUUAACCAGUAAAUCUGUUCCAGUGGUGAGGGCUGUCUUUCCUCCUGGAGCACUCACCAAGAAGAUACGUGUUGGCUUACAGGCUCAGCCAGUGCCAGAGGAAAUUGUGGACAGUGUGAUUGAUAACCAAGCCUCAUUCAGCCCCAUUGUAACCAUAGAACCCAGGAGGAGGAAGUUUCAUAAGCCCAUCACCAUAACAAUUCCCGUCCCACCCAGAGCUAAGGAGGUUACAGCUAAAGGACGUAAAGGAGAUCUUGUUCCUUGCUUAAGACUGCUCUGCAGCAUCACAGGUGGCACUUCUCCAGCUCAGUGGGAUGAUAUCACUGGCACUACUCCACUCUCCUUUGUCACUGACUGUGUCUCAUUUACCACAAAUGUUUCAGCCAGAUUCUGGUUGGCAGACUGUCAGCAAGGGAGUGAGACAGUUGCUCUGGCAACCACUGUUUACAAGGAGCUGAUUUGUGUGCCAUACCUUGCCAAAUUUGUGGUGUUUGCAAAGCCCAUUGACUUAGCAGUGGCAGAGCUGCGUUGCUUCUGUAUGACUGACGAUAAGGUGGAUAAAACACUUGAGCAGCAGGAAAACUUUGAGGAAGUGGCCAGGAGCAAAGAUAUUGAGAUUUCAGAGGGAAAGUCCAUCUAUGUGCACUGCUAUGGCAAUCUGUCUCCUGUCAGCAAGAUCAGCCAGCAGCUUGUUUUUACCUUCUAUGCCUUCAAAGAGAACCGACUACCUUUUAAUGUCAAGGUGUGUGUGGAACAUGGGACAGGAGCCAUGUGGAAGACUUUUGUUUCACAAAGAGCUGAAGACUACUAA